AUGUAUGUCAGCAUCGCGGCAUCCAACGCCGUUGGCAAGUCCUAUGCUGUAGCGAUGGUCACCUUGAUCGACGUCAACAAUAGCCCACCCCGUGUUUCCUACCCCUCGCAAACUGUCUUGCUGCCUGAGAACACGGCUGUAAACACGGAGUUUGGCAGCCUUAACGUGGCUGAUGCUGACAUUGGCAUCAACGCCGUCUCAUCCUACAUCAUGACGACUCAGGGUUCGGUCCUCACCAUGACCUCUUCAGGUGGCUUGUCGGCAUCACAAUCUUACAACUAUGAGGCACUCAGCCCGGAGGCCCGGCGUCUUAAGGUUGUCGUUGUGGCAGAAAACAAAGAACAGACGUUUGGUGGAGGUGCUUUGAUGAGCGCUACUGGAACUGUGACUGUCAGCAUCACCGAUGCGAACGAAGUUGCGCCAACUUUCACUGAUGGAACGUAA